CAUGCCUGCUUUCCGUCUUCACUAUUUUGAUUCCCGGGGCCGCGCGGAAAUAGCCCGGCUCAUGUUCAAUGCUGCCGGACAGGAAUUUGAUGACGUUCGUUACAGUAAAGAAGAGUGGCCCGCAUUUAAACCUAAAACACCCCUGGGUCAGUUACCUGUAUUAGAAGUAGAUGGGAAAUUAUACGCCGAAUCUGGAGCGAUAUUUAAUUACCUGGCCAGAGAACUAGAUAUACUUGAACCAUUCCCAUUACUUCGAGCUAACCGUAAAACUGUUGAAAGCAAUUCACGACUAGCCGCGUACUUAAAGACAAGAAAAUAA